AGCCACGCACCCACCCGCCGCUUCCUCGAAAUCUCUGUGAUGCCACCCGACAGCGGAAAGGAAAAGGUAACCGGGAGGCCGGAAUCUUCCGAUCGAGGGCACCACCGGCGGCGCCGGGGAUAGCACAGGAGGGGGGAGCCGUGGAGCGAUCCGCCGGGCAUCUGCGCCCGAUGUGGGCGUGGGGCUGCGUCCAGCGCGUGGCCGCCGGCCUCCUCGGCGGCCCCCUCGCCGGCGGGGGCCGCUGGAACACCGCCGUCGCCGUCGGGGUCACGGCCGCCGCCGGCCUCGCGGUCGUCGCCAUCGUCGUCUCCUCCCGCAGAGGCGGGCUCAAAUCUCCGUGGUGGCGGCGGAGGAGGAAGGCGCCGCUCACGGCCGAGGAGUGGCGCGGCCUGUUCACGCCGGAGGGGAAGCUUCAGGACGGCGGAGUGAAGCUUGUGAAGAAAGUUCGGAGCGGAGGGAUUGAACCGAGUAUCAGAGCACUGGUCUGGCCAUUCCUUCUGGGAGUUUAUAGCCUUGACAGUUCUGAAGCGGAAAGAGAUGCUGUUAAGGCCCAGAACAGGAAGGGAUAUCUGUUACUGAGGAAGCAUUGCCUGCGAAAAUCUGCAUACAGCAUGGAAGGGAGCAAGCAAUCAACAAAUAAAACAGCUGGAGUCAACCCUGAAGAGAGCAUUAGUUCUGAAAAAGGUGAAGAAUCUGGUUGUGCCAGUCCUGUUGAAUCCGUAGAAGUUCCUGAAAAUGCUAUUGUGGAAGAGGCUAUCUCAACCGAGGAAGGAAAUCCAUGUCUCAGUACAGAGCAAGAAUUGCAGGAUGACACAUCUGAAACAAAGCCUGAGAAGAUGGAUGAAAACCAAUCUUCAUCUAGUUCCUCUAAUGACGAAGAUAGUGAGAGAAGCAAUGUAACUCAUGUAGAAGCAUCUCAUAAGGACUUGGCCUCAGUUUGUGAGCCUUCAUUAGAGGAUGAACAAGAAAGUAUCCCCAGAUAUUCCAACACAGGAGGAAAUAUGGAUGAUAUUGAGGUAUCUAAGGCUGCCCGUCCUGUGAAGUCUGCACGGGCAACUGAGGAUUUUGAGACGUGGCAACGCAUUAUUCGUUUGGAUGCAGUCCGUGCUAACGAUGAAUGGGUUUCCUACUCUCCAUCUCAAGCUUCAGUUUCCAGGGAGAAGGCGGUUGAAUCUGCUAAAGCUGUUUGUCUCAAAGACUACGAACACUUGGAACCAUGUCGGAUCCAUCACGCGUCACGCCUUGUUGCUAUACUUGAGGCCUAUGCAAUUUAUGACCAAGAAAUUGGAUAUUGCCAGGGCAUGAGCGACCUCCUUGCGCCUCUCCUUUCUGUUCUAGAGGAAGAUGAUGAAGCCUUCUGGUGCUUUGCUGGUUUCAUGAGGAAAGCCCGCCACAAUUUCAGGCUUGAUGAAGUGGGUAUUCGUCGGCAACUCAACAUGGUGGCCAGGAUAAUCAAAUACAAGGACUUCCAUCUCUAUAGACAUUUGGAGAUGCUCCAAGCUGAAGACUGCUUUUUUGUUUACAGAAUGGUGGUCGUAAUGUUCCGGAGGGAGCUCACCUUCGAGCAGACCCUAUGUCUCUGGGAGGUGAUGUGGGCUGAUCAGGCAGCAAACCGCGCUGGGAUUGCAAAGUCGUCCUGGCGAAGAAUGCGGUUGGGAGCCCCUCCAACAGAUGACCUACUACUAUAUGCGAUUGCAGCGAGCGUGUUGCAGAAGCGUAAACUGAUCAUAGAAAGCUACAGCAGCAUGGAUGAGAUCAUUAGGGAGUGUAACAGCAUGGCUGGGCAGCUUGACAUUUGGAAGCUCCUGGAUGAUGCGCAUGAUCUGGUGGUCACGCUUCACAAUAGGAUCGAAUAGCUGUGAUCUUUGUUGCUUGCACUAUUUGUUGUAUUAGUUUCACGUUAUCAUGCUUCCAUAGUUUUGUUACACCGAAUUUCUUUGUAUGGUAACUCGAUACCAGUAAUGGAUAGAAGCACGGUGAUGGAGGUAGCUAGCUUGUUGGAGAUGCCAGCAACUUUUUUACUGAACGCAUACUGGAUGCGGUGGAUAGUCCCUUGAGGCCUUAAGAGUCAUUCAUCUGUUACACACUUACAGUGAUGGUCUGACGCAUUACAAUUUUCGUUCUGUUUA